AUGGUGAAUUAUGAAGUGACUGUAUCCACUGGCAAUCUCGCCGUUGCCACCACUUUUAACAACGUCUUCAUUAAGCUGGUAGGAACAGAUGGGGAGAGCAAACACAAGUGGCUCAUGGGGUUCAAAGGAGCUUCAUCAUUCACCAUUGGAGCAGUGUCUAGUUUUACCGUGUACUGCCCUGUCUCCAUUGGAAAGCUGGUCUUGAUAGAGCUGGACAAACAGUGUCUCCCAUUGUUCCCUGAAGACUCUUGGUUCCCCACCAAGGUGGAAGUGAAAUCUCCUGAAGGAGAUACCUACAACUUUCCCAUCUACCGCUGGAUCACUGACAGCAAGGUGCACCGCUUCCGAGAAGGAACAGAGGGAAUACCCCACAGCAUGAAGGCAGAGAACCCUCCUUCUUUGCCUGGUGAAAUCCGCUUCUCCUUUACUAAGACCACAGAGUUUCUCUACACUGCAUCCACCGGGCUGACUGAACUGCAACUUAAGGGUCUGGCUAAUUGCAAGAAGAAGUGGACAGAUAUUGAUGCUAUCAAUCGGGUGUUCUGCUGCAAACGGACUGACAUAUCAGACAAUGUCCAGAAACAUUGGAAGGAGGACGCUUUUUUUGGCUACCAGUAUCUAAAUGGUGUCAACCCCAUCUUGAUCCGACGUUGUUCAGCUCUGCCUGAUAACUUUCCUGUCACUGACGACAUGGUCUUCCUCCGUGGACAGGGUAACUUGACAAAUGAAAUGAAGAAAGGCAACAUAUUCCUGUGUGACUACAAGCGUUUGGAUGGAGUGAAAGCAAACACAAUCAAUGGAAAGAAGCAGUACUUGAUGGCUCCUCUCGUCCUGCUCCACAAAACACCUGAUGAUAAACUGAUGCCAAUUGCUAUCCAGCUGAAGCAGACUCCAGCAGAUGACAACCCCAUCUUCUUUCCUACUGAUUCUGAGUACGACUGGUUGAUGGCCAAGAUUUUUGUGAGAAGUGCAGAUUUCAGUGAACAUCAACUCAAUGUUCACCUGCUGCGCACUCAUCUGCUGGCUGAAGUGUUUGCAGUGUCACUGCUGCGUAAUGUGCCAAUGGUGCAUCCACUGUACAAGGUAACUGAAGGGUGA